AUGGACAUAUUUGCUCCUCAACUGCGAUGGGGCCGGCAAACGACACACUCGCUGCGCGCAAGCCAAUACAGGCGCCCGACUAAGAGGAAACACGACGAGGAUGAGGACGACGCCGCGGCGGGCCCGUCCGCUACUUCAAACGCGCAAUCAUUCGCCUCAUCUGAACCCCUAGAAGCAGAGCAGCUGCGUGUCGCGGGUCUAUUGCCCGACGACGCGUUUGAGCUCCCUCCACCGCCAUUCCCCCAUACCCCUGCUGCAGCAUCAAAGGGCCAGUUCACCUACGCCAGCGUUGCGGAGGAGAUGGCCAGCUUAACCCCUGCCGUUUUCGAUCCAGCUGGUGGGACCAGCGACAAGCGCGCAUUGAGGCAGAAGCAUCUCGAAAUUCUAUCUACCGUUAUGCACCGUUGUCUACUCGAGGGAGAUUACGAUCGCGCAUCGAGAGCAUGGGGCAUGAUCUUAAGGACCCAGGCCGCCGGUCGUCCAAUCGACCCUCGCAACCAUGAGCGCUGGACCAUUAGCGCAGAGCUGUUGCUGCGUCGAAAGCCAUCAUCUGAGUCUAAUUAUAUCCGAAAUGAGGGCGUUCAUGCGCGCAGUCCCGAUGAAGAGCAACCGCAAGUCCACGAAGAUGAGACCUUUACAGAAGACGGCUUCGAACUUGCGCUGGAUUACCUCAAGCGUUUGACUGUUCAAUAUCCAUAUAGAAAGCUCGCGCCUCGCGCAGUGGACGCUAGGACAUUUCUCCCGCCUUACUUCGAGCUUCGGAUCCGAGAAGUCUACGAGAAGAGCAAACACGCUCAUGCGCACGAAGCCGCGCUCCGGGAGGAGGAGCUUGCCCAAGCAAGGGAUAUUUGCAAGGAGCUUGAUGGGAAAAUGGAGUCGCCGCCUUUCGAUAAGCACGAGGGACUGCUUCAACUACGAGUUAAGCUCGGACUCUGGAUCAGUGAUCUCAUCCUGGGCACUGCACAGUCCGGGGGGGAGGACGAUAGGAAUAUGGACACGAGCGAAGACGGCGACAACACCGGUCAUAUGGCACCAGAGAAGCAGGCAAAGUACACGGAUGCUCUAAGAGAACUAAGGCAAGUUUUGGAAGCCUGCAAGCGUGCAGGAAUAGAGCCUGGCCCUCUGCGACGCAAUAUGCCCGAUUUGGUGGCAAAAAUCGAAGAACUCAAGACACCGCUGGGGAUAAAAGGUUCAAUCCUGGAUCACUUACCCCCUUAA